AUGCAUGGUUCUACCUUGACAAUGCCUUCGGUCUUCGAAUCGAAGAAUACUUUCCCUCGUUCUCACUCUUCUUCCAAUAUUCCCGAUUUAGUUAAUGUUGAGUACAAGAGAUCUUCCAUUCAUAGCGAUACCGAACUGCCACGAUCUGCGAGUUUCACUACCUUACCAACCAUUGAAGAUGCGAGCACCGAUUAUAAUGAAGGGGAAUUGCAUAGACUGAACUCUGCCGCGAGCACCCCAUCGUUUCCCUUCCCACAACUUGAAACACCUUCGCCAAAAUCAAAUUCCAUCCGAGAAGGAAAAUCGACCAACCAACUCACGAAGGAAGAAAAGGCAAAGAAUGAGAGAGUUGGGAGGAGACAAUCACUCGUGGCACGUCCAAAGUCUUGGAUUCAAAAGGUGAAGGGAUCACCCGAGAGACACCCCGCUCCUGAAUAUGCCAAUUCAACACCAGACGAAGCACCGCCAGUGCCGCAGAUUCCCAAGGCUUCCAGAGAUAAGACGAAAUCUGUAUCGGAAUCUUUUGCUAUGUUUGCACGAAAGUCUUGGAUUUCGUCAUCGUCGAGAUCGCCAUCCCCAAGUAAUCGAAAAGCAGGAAAACAAAUUGAGGGCGAUGGGAGAAGUGAAGGGCCAUCGAAAAUGGCGACCACUAUACUUGCCCCUCCGGCAGUCAUCCCCGCGAAAUUCGACCACACGGUUGAGGAUAUCGAUAGCCCAUCUAAGCCACCUCCCGUGAAGAGGAAUUCAACUCUUCGAAAGAUCAGGCAGAGACCGAGUAGUAUACUGGGUAUCGCAAGCUUCGGUUCCGUCAAUUCAUCCACCAGCAGUCUACCAGGUAGCUCAAUAGAUAACAGAUCUACUCCGAGGACUUCAAUUGAUAAAGUCCCUCCGCUACCCAAAAAUUUCUCCACGGAAAAGCUUCUGAGUGUUGAGACACCUCGAAAACGAGAUGAACUCUGGCAGGCUUUCCGAGGGUUAGAAAACGAUUACUCUAAAUUUCAAUCCAAAUCACUAUCGUUAAAAACCAACGUCGUUCGCUCUACAUUAUUACCAUUUCUUAGAAAUAAUAUCAACCACCCUUCUAAUAGAUGUCUUCGCCCAGAAGAUAUUGAUAGAAGAAUUAACAUCUUUAAUAAAUGGUGGCUUGGGCUUCUGGAAGUACUACAUGGACGUGCUAAUCAAAUAGUAUCUGGUGUAGAUCGUCCUGUACUGCUUGAAGCCAUUGUGAUGAUCAUGACACGGCCGGAAUGGAGACUCGGACCAUCGCAAUUCUCGCCCCUGUCGGAAAGGUCUCCUAACCGAUCUCCUGAGCGCACUGAGCGCAUGUCUAUACGCGGGAGAAAAUCUUCAAGCUCUCUAAACUCAUCAGGAUCACAAUUUUUAGCCGAGUCUGUCUACCACAAUGUCAGGAAUUUGUUUAUUCAAAAUUUGACAUCUCAGAUGCACUUUGUGGUUGCCAAAAUGUCACUGAGACAUGCUCCUGCAAGUCUGGUCACAUUUUGUGGAAAGGCUGCUGCUUAUGCUUUCUUUUUUGUGCCUGGCAUUUCAGAAAUACUGGUUCGAAUAUGGAAAAUACCGGCUGACACUUUGAAACGUGUUGCCGAUGAAUUGGGUUUACCAAAACGACCCAAUAAGGUGGAAACUGAAGAAGUCGCUGCUACAUUUCCGCCCAAUGUUCGAGUAUUGGGUUGGACGUCAGUGAUGACAAUGUCUAAUCAGCUGCGGAAAAAUCCUACAUCAUCAAUUCUUGUUUCCAAGAUACCAUGGUAUGGCCCGUGGGCUGCUAGAUGGUGCGGACGAGAUAGUGAUCUUUUCUAUGUGUUUUCGAAACAUUAUCAUAUCUUGGCCGAGCAAUUUAUGCCUUCAGAUCUUCCAUUUGCGAGCAAAGCGCGCGCGCCAGGAUUUGUUUUGGUUCAAGCACAGAUUUUGACUGCUCUGGAUGCUACAAUUCAUCGUCAACCAGCAGUUGAAGCACUUCCAAUUACCUUUGACGACGUACUUGCGGGUGCCGAUGCGUCUGCUGCUGCUCUGCCUCUCCCCUCCACCAACUCUGCUAGGCUAAUGGCCGAAAAUCGCUUAAUAAUGUUACUUCGAGAUUUCCUUUCUGAAAGACCUGCCGACUUUGAACCUGCCCGAAUGACUUUCGCCCAGGCUUUUAGCAAAAUGAUGCAAGCUUCAGCACGAAGGACGUCCUUGUAUGACCAUAAUGCGUGUUUCGUAUUGUGCGACUUCAUGGAUGAAGCACUUUCACUAUUUGUUCGCUUCCAUCAUGCUCAUGAAUUUGAAGAUGAUUUCAUCGAAUGGCAUUUCUGGCUGGAUGUUUGCAGAAAGAUUCUGGAGAGCCAGAACAGUAUGUCAGAAAUUCGUCUAUUCGCAUUUCUCUACUCUGCCUGGAACCUUGUCACAAAUAAUGAAACUCGAAAGGAGAUUUUGUGUUUGGAGUGGUUGCUUACCGAGGAGACAUUUGACAAGUUCUUCAAUCAUUGGUGUCCCAUGGUCCGAGCAUAUUAUAUGCGUUUGUUAUGUUGGAGAUUGUGCCGCGAGGAUGGGGAAGCUACUGAUCUUGAUACAAAAAUCUUUGGUAUUGUUUCUUCGCGGAUCAAGGGUACCUGGGCAAAUUACCUCUUCCUCAAACAAACGGCUGAGAGUUCCGACCUCCUUCCUCCAUCUACGACACCUUGUUAUCCAGCACCUGGCCGACGACUUCUGAUCAUCCGUAAUGAUACACAAAUACCUGCGCCAAAUCUGUUUCUAGGAUUCGAUGGCUUAAUGACAACUAAUAACGCUUCAAAUCUACCUCGAAAACCGUCUAGUGCAUACAAAAGACAGUCACUUCUAGGAGAUCUGGCACAAAUAGAAAACAAAGAAAACGAAAAUGAACCUCCCACACCUGCUAGCGAAGCACCCACCACUCCGAACAAGAAAAGGUGGACGUUUAUGGGGAAAAUCAUCCCAUCUCUAUCUUCUUCGCCUGAAUCAUCUGCUUCUCCUUCCACAUCUGUCAAACCUGCAACGGAAAAGAAAGCACUCGAGGAAGCAAGGAAAGCUACAUCUGUGGCAAGAACUAGACCCGCCCUUCGUUCCAAAAAUUCAAGUGACAGCGAAACUCCUCCAGCUACUGCAUCUCAUCGUGCCUAUAGCUUUAAAUUCUCUUUGGAAUGGGCUCAAAAUUUCGAAAAAGCACAUUCGAUCCUCCAAGGUGGCGCAGCCGGUAGAGGACCUGCUGGUUCUAAUGUUUCAAAUGAAAGAAAACUUACACCGCCUCGUCUUCCUGCCCCAGCUCAUGCAUGGCUUGGCGCUCGAGUUCCAGGAAUGAGUAAGGAAGUAGCACCUAUGGAUCCAAAGCUUGCGGGGAGAGAUAGAUUCGCGAGAUCGAAAUAUGCGGGUAGGGCGUUAGCGGAAUGGAUGCAGAUUGUUGGAGAGUGCAAUAACUUUGUUGAGAGGAGAAGGUCGGAGGGAGUACCAAACCUGAAAUGGGUCGAGGUUCCUACUUUGGGUGUAGAGGGAUUUAGGAAAUUCGCUGCAUAA